AUCCAAACAACCGUCGUCACGCCGCGCCAUUUUCUGAAUGCGAUAGAAAAGCCAAGGCGAGGCCGUGUAUUUAUAUGGGAUAAAGGUUGUACUGAUUUUUAUUAUAACUUUAAAUCAAGACACUGGCUAAUACUAGGUAAGGUGGUCACCAAGUCAAUGUGACUGAUUUUUUAAGAUAAUGUCUUUGUGCCGUUCACUGGAGAUGCAUAGAUCUCCGACAAUUCAACGCCUCACCUUUCACGAUAGUGACGGCGAAGAAGGGUCGUGUGAUGAAGAAGACGUGCUUAGCUUUAACCCUAGUAGUAAUCACCGAAGCCCCCGUGGCCUAGGCCUAUCUGUGCGUGGAGGCUCGCUCAGUGGAUGUGAAGAUGCCAGUUUCACUUCUAUACCGAGUUCGGACUUUCUGGAAAUGGACACAGCAAAUACUUCUUGGGAUUCUACUCUAGCUACACCAGAGAGCAGCCCAAGAAGAAGGCAGUUUGGGUCAUCAAAACAAGUGGAUUUCAGGAAUGGAGGAACCCCAUGUCGUUCCAAGUCACCAGCCUGUAAUUUUGUUGUAGGCCUGAGUAUGCAAAGUCCUAUGCAAUUCAAAACAAAUCGUCCAUCAACACUGUGUAGUGCCUCUCCCCCAAACAAGGACCUGAGGAACUUAAGGCUUUUUGAUACACCUCACACUCCAAAGUCUUUGCUAAGGAGGUCAUCAAGAUUGGGACUCAUUAAAGGUAAAACAAGUAAUGGUGGCGGGUUAGUUGGACGUUUAUUCAGCGGACGACGGAACAGUCCAAGUAUGCAACCACAGACAGUGCCAACAAACAAAUCAAUGUUUAGGAAACCUCUUGCCAAUGUCAACCCGUUCACACCAGAUGCAAUAAUGCAAAGUGUAACCAAGAAGAGACUGAAGCGAGAAAAAAGAAGUGUCCUUGAUGAUGCUGAGAGUGAUUCAGAUGAUGAAAUGGAGAUGAACCCACCAAAGAGAUUAGCUUUGAGAGAGAGUAACAUUUCCAGGUAUAAAGAGGAGUUUGUUGAGAUGUGCAAGAUUGGAUCUGGUGAAUUUGGCUCUGUCUUCAAGUGCAUUAAUAAGCUGGAUGGAUGUCUCUAUGCUGUUAAGAAGUCAAAACAACCGCUUGCAGGGUCUGUCAAUGAACAAAUGGCUUUAAACGAGGUGUACGCUCAUGCAGUCCUUGGCACUCAUAGGCAUGUUGUGCGUUAUUAUUCAGCAUGGUCAGAAGCCAAUCAUAUGCUGAUCCAAAACGAGUACUGUAAUGGUGGCAGUCUAGCUGACGAAAUUCAAGCAAGGUAUAUGAGAACAGAAGAUGUAGCAGAGGUUGAGCUCAAACAGCUCCUUUUGCAAGUCACCCAAGGACUUAAAUAUAUACAUUCCCAGGGCUUGGUUCAUCUUGACAUUAAACCAGGUAAUAUCUUCAUCUCGCGUAAAGAAAGAAUCACAGGCGAUUUUGAUGAGAACGAUGAGAAUUAUAAUAUAAACGAGAGCGAGGGUUUAUCUCCAGAACAGAUUACUGAUAAUUAUGAUGUCGUCUAUAAAAUUGGUGAUUUAGGUCAUGUGACCUCAGUUACAAACCCUAAAGUGGAAGAAGGAGAUGUGAGAUAUUUACCAAAUGAAAUACUGCAUGAGGAUUACUCGCAUCUGACGAAAGCUGACAUCUUCUCAUUAGCCUUGACGAUAUUCGUGGCAGGUAAAGGUGGACCGUUACCUAAGAAUGGGCCUGAAUGGCAUUCAAUACGACAGGGAAAAUUGCCUUACCUUCCACAGUACUCAACCGACUUAAAUAAUCUUCUAAAGAUGAUGGUUCAUUCAGAUCCUAAGAUGAGACCAUCGGCUUCAGCUAUCAUCCAGCAUCCACUGUUAUGCCCUCAGAAUGUAUCACUUAUUAAACUCAAGCAGGAGUUGAACACAGCUAAAUUUCAGAAUGCAAUCCUUUCAAGGGAAUUGAAUGAAGCUCGCAAUGCAAACAAAGAUGAGAAGACAACUGGUCCUUUCUUUAAGCCCAUUGGCUCUGGCUCAAGGAGUUCUCGGCUGAUUGGCAAGAAGGUCAACAGAAGUAUGAGUGUCACAAUAUACUGAACCAGUGACCCCCAAGACAAAAAAGGCUGGUGCCUCACCAUAAGACCACCUUAUGUUCAUUAUAGAAACUUCUGUAGGAAGGAUAAUGUCUUAACAUUUGGAUGAAACACUUUAACUAAACAGAUUAUUAAUACAGUAGUAGAUUACUGCUUUUGCCAAAUGUGGAUUAAGUAUUGUGUAUGAAAUCAUAAUGUACACAAAGUUUAUGUUGAUUAAUUAUUGUUAGAUUAUGUAUUAUAGAUCACACUUUAGAUUAGUGUAUAUUUACAGAGCAUUUUAUUGUUGCAUACAUUGGAUUGAACAUAGUGAUUAUAGUUGACUCUCCAUUAAACCAUUAUUUCACAUAUCCCUUACUUAUUAAAAGAAUUAUACCCUUAUAUUUUUAAAAAACAUGUCAAAUUGUAAAGAUAGGUUGUUUAGCAAUAACCUUAAAAUGCUUUUUUAAUCAGCAUACAAUUAUUCAUACACUUUGUCUGCUUGUUUACCAUUGUUGAAAAAAGUGUUUAUUAAACACAUUAUAAAUUCCAAGACUUGUAAUUUUCAGAUGAAUUAGUAAUUGUAACUUUGGUUAUGUGAAUAAUAUUACACUGUUUGCAGUUUUAAAAUUAAACCACCAUACAGUAUUUAGUAGUAAUAAAUACAUACAUAACAUCUCCUCUUGGUUAAUGCUUGAACUGUUAAUCUAUUUAUUGUCAAGGCUUUACCUUUAUAAUAGUCAUUUUUUGUAUUUCUACUAUCAUGACUGUUCAUGCAUUACACACUUUUAGUGUUAUUGGAUUUUAAGUUUGUUUUAUUUCUAUUGUUAACGGUUUAAGCAUUUUGUUUUAAAGAUUGUUGACAUGAGAUUAUCAUGGAAUUUUAGAAAACACAUUUUAAAAUAAUAUUUUAACCGUUUUAAAGUUAUCAUUUCAUUUGAUUUUUCAGUGGUGCUUCAUAAUUAUUUAAUUACUAUUAUUAUUAUCAUUAAUUGCAUCUGAAAGCUUAACGCUACAGUAUUUCCAAUUUGCUCUACAUUCCAAGUUGUAACAAGUAGUCCAAUAUUAAUUGGUAUUGUAUUAAAUGGAUAUACAAAUUUAUAGAGAAUCUUACUGCCAUUUAAAUCCUUAGUUUGUGGCUUUUUAUGUAAUUCUAAAAGCAGUUUGUGUAGGUGACAUGACACCAGUGUCUUGAUUCUUAUCCACAAUUGUCCAUACAGUAAACCCAGAGCCCAUAGGGCAUUUUAAAUACCCAACUACUAAUACUGUUUUAUUAUACAAUUCCAUUUGGGAAAUAUGUCCUUUCCAAUUUUAUUGUACUGUAGAACCAAUAUGUGACAACAAUGUGUAAUACAUGUGAACUUUAUAUAAGAGAAUUGUAUUUUCUAUGUUCAUUAAUUUUUAUAAUAAAUCCGAUUACUUUAAGGAAAUA